UCCAUUUUUGUUUUUGUUUGGAGCUCUAGGUUCUGAUUCUUUGGGACUUCCCAGCUAGGAACACUUGGACUUGCUGUGAUAAAUGGGAAUCUACCAGUUAACAGCAUGGCCCAGAUAUCCAGUCGGAAUGGAUUCAAGCAGUCAGCACCUGCAACAGUUGGCUACUCUGGGAAGCGAGCUGUUGGCAAAGAGGAAGCCCUGCAAAUGGAGGCUGAAGCCUUGGCUAAGCUGCAGAAGGAGAGAACCCAAAGUUUAAAGGAAGAUCAUCCUGUGCGGUCUGCCAGCAAUGCACGUCAGAAAUCUCCAAAUACCAUCCAAGAAUAUGACCUUAUUCACUUUCCAGAGGCAGAAAUCUCCAAGAAACGAGCUGCUGAUGCUCUAUCUGACCUAGAUAUAGAGAAACUAACUUCAGCUGAACUGGAAAAACUGCUUUUGGACAAAAAUUUUGGACCUAAAAAAAUAACUCAACCUCCUACGUUACCAAAUACUCCUCUUGUAAGUCCAUCGUUCUCAAGUCCGUUUUACAGUCAGGCACUAUUUUCUGGGGGACAGUGGACAAGUGGAAUACAGGUGCCUGUGGUCCAAACAAGUGCUUAUCAUGCAACACCAGUGACAUACCCUAAACAGCCUGAUCCAUUUCAGAAUGGUUUUGGUCCUAGUCCUGGACAGUCUUCAUACCGACCUUCUGAAUCGAUAUAUAUUGGUCUUCAAGGACAUCAGUACAUGCCUUUCCCACUCCAGUCUGCUACACCUGUACACCCUACAGGAGUUCUGCCACCUUAUUCAACAGUACCACCUGAACUGGCAAAGUUAUAUGAUAAAAUAGCCAGUACAUCAGAAUACUUGAAAAACAGCAAGUCGAGCAAUGAUUUGGAAUCAUCCAAUACGAUGGUUCCUAAGUUGCCAGUUUGUGAAAACUCAAAUGAUGUUAGCAAGUUUGACUGGCUAGAUCUUGACCCACUCAAUAAAGCAAGGAUUGAAAACCUGGAGUUGUCGUACAGUUCAACAGAUAUUGAGCCAAAAGUAGAUGCAGGCACUGUAGCUGCAGAUCCUUGGGAGCAAGUGCUACAAAAACAAAGCCCAUUGGAAAGUAGCUCACCUGACAUUAGGAGUGAGGUGGCAUCAUUCAACCAGUCAAGUGGGAAAUCUGCGUCUGGCACUUCAGUGACACGUAGUUUAUCUCUUAACCUACGGUCCACAAGUUCCCAGCUUUCUGACAGCAUACAAGGACAGGGUGACCAAUCUUCACAGGUUGACAAUGGGACCAGUAAUGAUCUUAAAAGCGAAAAUAUUCUGGAACAAAUUUAUUCACAAAAUGAGGAGGUAGCAGCUUUUUGGCGAGAACUUAUUAAAUUACGAUCCACAUUUCCAUAUAGUGACCACUCCACAAAUCCAGGCUAUAUUUUGAGUCCUGUUAUGCUUCACCGUGAUAUGAAUGGAGAAAAUGCUAGUGUGAAGGUCUCCAUAGAGAUUGAAGAGUUUCAGGAGCCGGUCACCUUCACCUGUGAUGUGAGUUCCCACGUAGAGCUUAUUAUAAUGCAGGCUUUGUGCUGGGCGCAUGAUGACCUAAAUAAAGUUGACAUUGGCAGCUACAUACUGAAAGUCUGUGGACAAGAGGAAGUAUUGCAGAAUAAACACUGCUUAGGAAGCCACGAAUAUAUUCAGAACUGUCGCAAGUGUGACGCUGAGAUCAAGCUGCAACUAUUAAACCGCAGUACAAUGUCCAGAGCCAUGUCACGAAUGGCGGAAGAUGAUGAAACACCUACAGAUCUUGAGAAGUAUCUCUGUCGGGUGGAAAAGCCAUUCAAAGACAUUAUUACAAGGCAAUCUCUUGCUGAGCUUCUGGAAGUUUAUCAUACUCGUACUAAAGCAUGUCUUCAGAGAGAAGGGAAACAAUACAAAAUGGUGGAACAGAUUACCCAAUCUGUAAAGGAUAUUUGCAAUGCACUGGAUGGUGCAGAGACCAAGGCUGUCACUGAUGCUGUAAAGAAACUAAAACGUGCUGUUAAUCUACCAAAAAAUAAAACUGUUGAGGUCAAAUCAAAAGAUAACAUUGGUUCAUCUAAUGGUGCAAAGCAUGGAUCUUCACUUGCAGAAAAUCCUGUGAAUGCAAGCAUCCAUGCUCUAACAUUAGCUGUGUACGAUCUGCUACAGCUGUACCUGAGUUCUUUUAGCAGAAACACAGAUGCAACUGGGAGUCUGCCACAAAGUACAAAAUGUACAAAGGAAGCACAGACCACAACAGAACACCUGCAAUUUACACUGUUUGCAGCACAUAGAAUUCCAGGAGCAUGGGUCAGCAGUUUUGAGAAGUAUUUUCUAAUGUGUUCAUUGACACACAAUGGAAAAGAUAUUUUUAAACCAGUGCAAUCUAAGAAAGUUGGGACAUAUCGCAGCUUUUUCUACCACAUCAAGUGGGAUGAACUAAUCAGCUUCCCUGUUCAAAUUGCACAAUUGCCUCUUGAAUCCGUACUGAGUCUUAGCUUGUAUGGAGUUCCAAAUCCCUCAGCAGCAGGAUCACCAGAUUCGAACAAACAGCGGAAGGGACCAGAGUAUCUUGGUCGAGUCUCCAUGCCUCUCUUUGACUUUAAACGGGUGCUGACAAGUGGAACAAAACUGCUUGGUCUGUGUACAUCUAUCCUUGUGAAUCCAAGUGGGACUACCAACAAAAAAGGGAACUCGAUGGAGAGAAUUGUGGUGCAAGUGGACUUUCCAUCAUUCACCUUUGAUAUAGUCUACUGUCCUCCACAACCCAGCCGAAUGGUUGAGCUUGAUUUUGAAACACUCGAUCAAAGUUUCCAGAAACAGCUUCUUGAGGUGUUUGCCAAAGAUUUGACAUAUGAACUUUCCAAGGCAGAGAAAGAACUCUUAUGGGAUAUGAGACAGUAUUGUUUUUCCCACAGUAACAGCCUUCCAAAGUUACUUGCUAGUGCACCAAGUUGGGACUGGGAUACUGUCCCAGAAGUUUACGCUCUGCUGCGUCAAUGGAAACCACUCUCACCUGUUGCUGCCCUGGAACUACUGGAUUCUAAGUUUGCAGAUCAGGAAGUGCGAAACACAGCAAUGAAAUGGAUUGAAGUAAUGAGUGACGAUGAACUCAUUGACUAUCUUCCUCAGUUUGUAGAGGCUAUGAAGCAUGAGUGUUAUCUAGACAACGCAUUAGUGAAAUUCCUUUUGUCUCGAGCUUUGGGAAAUGUUGCUGUAGCACACCACUUAUACUGGUUAUUGAAAGAUUCACUGCAUGAUCCAUAUUUUGGAAUGCGCUAUGAACUUCUCUUAGGUGGUCUGCUAUAUGUGUGUGGAAAAGGUUUGAGACAAGAAUUCGAGAAACAGACCAGAUUGGUACGGAAACUGGGAGUGGUAGCAGAAAAAGUGCGCCAAGCUAGUGGAUCAUCAAGGCAGAUUGUGCUUCAGGAAGGAAUGGAUCGUGUCCAGUCAUUCUUCAAAAAUAAAUGUCGCCUGCCCCUUAAUCCAAGCCUGGUGGCAAAAGAAUUGAAUGUUAAGGCUUGUUCCUUCUUCAGUUCCAAUGCAGUACCACUAAAGGUGACACUGGUGAAUGCUGACCCCCUGGGGGAUGAAAUCAAUGUUAUGUUUAAGAUUGGUGAAGAUUUGCGACAAGACAUGCUUGCCCUACAAAUGAUCAAAAUUAUGGACAAAAUAUGGCUUCAGGAAGGAUUGGACUUGCGCAUGGUCAUCUUCAAAUGUAUCUCCACAGGGAAGGAUAGAGGUAUGGUCGAGCUUGUACCAGCUUCAGAAACACUAAGAAAAAUCCAAGUUGAGUAUGGAGUGACUGGUUCAUUCAAAGACAAACCACUAGCUGAAUGGCUCAGGAAAUACAAUGCCACUGAAGAAGAAUAUGAGAAGGCAUCCGAAAAUUUCAUUUAUUCAUGUGCGGGCUGCUGUGUUGCUACCUAUGUGCUGGGAAUAUGUGACCGUCAUAAUGAUAACAUCAUGCUCAGGUCAACUGGCCACAUGUUCCAUAUAGAUUUUGGGAAAUUUCUGGGACAUGCACAGAUGUUUGGAAGUUUUAGAAGAGAUCGAGCCCCAUUUGUACUGACCUCUGACAUGGCUUAUGUGAUUAAUGGUGGAGAGAAGCCAACCAGCCGAUUUCAGUUAUUUGUAGAUUUGUGCUGUCAGUCCUACAAUCUCCUUCGCAAGCAUGCCAACCACUUCCUCAACCUCCUGUCACUGAUGCUGUCCUCUGGAUUACCAGAACUCACUACUGUGCAGGAUCUAAAGUAUGUCCAAGAUGCUCUGCAGCCACAGACUACUGAUGCUGAAGCCACAAUCUUCUUCACUAGGUUGAUAGAAUCCAGCUUAGGCAGCAUGGCUACCAAAUUUAACUUUCUGAUCCACAAUUUGGCACAGCUACGGUUUUCGGGUUUACCUUCCAAUGAGCAAGCUAUACUUUCAUUCUCUCCUAAAACCUAUUCUCUAAAACAAGAUGGGCGAAUCAAAGAAGUGACUAUUUACACUUAUCAGAAGAGAUAUAACCCAGACAAAUAUUAUAUAUAUGUGGUGAGGGUAUUACGGGAAGGGCAGAUUGCUCCAACAUUCAUCUUCAGAACGUUUGAUGAAUUCCAGGAGCUGCAUAACAAACUGGGCAUCCUGUUCCCUCUUUGGAAACUGCCAGGCUUUCCCAACAAAGUGGUCCUUGGAAGAACACACAUUAAGGACGUGGCAUCCAAGCGGAAGGUAGAGCUGAACAAUUACGUGCAGUGUCUGAUGAAUGGUUCAACAGAAGUAGCUGAGUGCGAUCUCAUCUACACCUUCUUCCACCCACUAAGCCGUGAUGAGAAGGCUGAAGGAAUUGAAGGAAUAGUCAAGCCCUCUGAAAUUGUUUUGCCGAGUCCCAGCACUGGUCAAGUGGGAGGAGAAGUUAAGCUGUCUAUUUCAUACAGGAACAACACAUUGUUCAUUAUGGUAAUGCACAUCAGAGAUUUGGUAACUGAGGAUGGAGCAGACCCAAACCCUUAUGUAAAAACAUAUUUGCUUCCUGACCCACAUAAGAUAACCAAGCAUAAAACCAAGGUUUCAAGGAAAACUGAAAACCCAACUUACAAUGAAAUGUUGGUGUACAGUGGUUACAGUAAAGAAUCACUUGAACAGAGAAAAUUACAGCUGAGUGUGUUAAGUGCAGAGUCGUUGAGAGAGAACGUUUACUUGGGUGGUGUCACAUUAACUCUGAAAGAGUUUGAUUUGAGCAAAGAAACUGUUAACUGGUACAAGCUGACUGCUGUUCCCAGUGUGUAAUACUCCUUCCUCUGUGUGGAAUUGGAACAUAUGGUAAAGACUCUCCUGAAUUUCUACAAAUCUUUUACUUGAAAUGUUUAACUGUGGGCAAUCAGCAAAUUCCAGCUGAUGAACUUCACCAGUGGACCAAACUAUUUUGUUGAAUCACAAAUUUGGUUGCAUGCACUUAAUGUCACCUUCAUUUUUAUACCUAUUUUUGAAUAUUUCAGAUUUAAAUGAUGGGGAUCUGUGUGCCAAAGUAAAAUACUGAAGCACUUCGCUGCUUGUGAGCAAGAAAUGGUGCCUUUCACUGUCACGGCUACAAACUCUGUUAUAUUAAAGGUGCUAGUUUCACUGACCUACUCAAAGGCACAUAACAUUUCCUGGGUAAAGCACCAAUGAUAUUAGCCACUAGGCAUUAAUUGCCAUAAUUGCACAUUACAGAAUUGCUUUAAGUAGAUCUGAAUAGAAAAGGAUACAAUUAGUAGUAAUCAUUUUAUGUAGGACGUGUUUAGAAUAAAGAUUCGUCGUUUGAAAAUACUUUUUUCUGUAAACACUAAUUCUGUACUCCGAUUGUACUCUCAAAGCAGGUUUUCUUUUAACUGAAAUUUUAGUUUUGUAUACAGCCACACCACUUUGUUUUGUGCUCUGUGAGCGGAGACUGUUCAUUUGUGCUGGAGGUGGUUUAUAGGGCAAAAGCAUUCAAUGGCAUUGAAGAAGAGCCAGCAUUAAUAACCACUGCAGAUAGACAUUUAAUCCAUGCCGGUGCAAAACGUGUGUGGGGAAAAAUUGCACAAACAUCUACCAGUUCACAGGUAGAUCAUUAAAUCAGUUGUGCGAUAGGUGAGGCAACCAGAAGUGUAUUUAAAAAGUAAAUGUUAGGAUGAAGUUAUGAAUUCAACAAAAGCCUGUGCUAUCCUACUUAUUAGUGAAUCCAACUUUCAAUAAGGAUAUUGACUUCUGAGUCACUUAAGUAUUACUGCUCCCACCAUUUCAAAGAUUUACCCUGCAUAAUGAACAGUGGAUCUCUCAAAAGUAUGUUUUCAAAUUUUACGUUGAGCCAUUUCUAUUAAAAUAAAAUAAAGCCAAUUAACAAACCAAGUGCUCAGAACCUUUUAAAUAUAAAGCUGAAUAGUUAUAAUUGAAAAGGCACAUCAAAGAUGAAUUCAAAUAUCUCUCUCUGGUGUGGACACCUAUAUUUUGCUGAAAUUCAUUGGUAAAGAAGCAUGAAGUGACAAUUUUACAAAAACUAUAAUAUGGAGUGGAGGAAAUAAAACUAAACCUUACUCAACGCAGUGAUUGACCCGACUGGGUUUUGGAUUGCAUUCUACAGCUUCCACUAUAGCAAAUAGCUGUAAAAUGGUUAGUCAGCACCAGAAGUGCUAUCUAAGUAAUGAGUUUUAACUGAAAGCUAAAGAUGAAUAUAUAUUCUGAGAAACUGACAGUUGAAACUGUGUGUUUACUGUUGUCCCUUUAGCUUUAAAUUCAGUCUGUUGCUGCUGUCCCAAAAAAGAUUGUACAUUCACAUGGAGCUGUGCAACAAUCCUUAACAACACGCUUGCACCUGGAGCAGCAGCAAAUGCAAGAUUUGUGGCUCUUGGAAAUGCAGAAUUGUUCAUGAUUGAAAACUGGAAGUACUUUGUACUUACUGACAUCAUUCUCUUCCUCUGCAGCAUUCAAAUCCAGUACAAUACUGGUAGGCUAAGAGCUUUCCCAGCAAUCUGCAAAUCAUUCUGCACAGACAUUGUUCUUGCAAGCUUGCAGUUGUCCUGUGUAACCAUGGAUAUGUCUGCAUAAGCCAAAUUUGCACAAACUGACCAUGCAGUGUUUUGUUAUUUUGUAAUAUCAUGUUAGGUUUGAACUAAUGGGUAACGAAAUAAAAAUAAAAUCUCUUCAGCUAUGCUAAUGUUAGAAGUCUGCAGCAAAUGAUAAAUGUUGCAUUUAACACAGCUUAAUCUGCAUUAUGAAAAUGUUGCUGUUUAUAUAAGUAGAUAAGGUCUUCAAGCUGUGACUUCUAACUAUUCAAAUUCAGAUCUACUGCAUGGCCCACUGCAGUUUCCUAUGUGUUUUAAAAUCCAAUUUUAAAUUGUCUAACCAAAAAGAAAGAAGUUAGUCAUUCCAUGGAAAGAAUACUACCUUUAAAGUUGAGGGCAAUUGAACUGAUAAAUGUAGGUUUAAGUUAGUGAGUUGAAGGGCAAAUCCGAGCAAAAGUUUGCUCUUUUGACAGCAAGAGAAAUAGUGAACCAUUUUGACAAAUACCAGUUCAUUCAGAAUGAAAUUUUUCCAUCCACCUUACUGUUACAACUGAAUGUGCAAAGAAGUUGCUCAUUAGAUUUCAUCUUUGGAAAGAAUGAAAUGUUGCUGCUUUUUUAAUGUAAAUAUCUUUGUUUUAAAAUUCUGAAUAUUCAUUGACUAAAGGCUUUAAAAAAAAACAAUUUAAAAUUAAUAGUUGACAGUUGGUGAUGGUUUGCCUCAAAUGGGUAGCAGAAGGGCAACUGAAGCACCUUUGCAACAACUGAGCGAUGAAAUCGAAGAGAUUAUAUUCAUUUAUACUGGGUUGAAUUUAGGACUCAGAGACUAAAUUUUAGCCUUAAAAAAUAUGACUGCCUUUCUGUCUUAAUCAUGCUAUCAUUAAUAUUUGCAGAGAUUACACAUUCAAUCUUUGCAGAUUAGUUCUUAAGUGGGAGACAUUGACAUUGCAGCAAAUGAUCAAUGUGAGAGGGAGAAUAUCACACUAUUAUGGUAAUUGUGAUCAUCAGUAAAUGUUGACUGUACCAAGUGUGAAUAUUAGCUGAACAUGAAGCACUGGGGAACCAAAAAUGUUGGCUUGACCGAUGUACAUUGCCCUCCACUCUUAAGAAUCCAAUGUAUGUCCAAAUCAUGUUUAUCUUUUUACUCAAAGAUGUACAGUAUUUCUGUCUAAAUCCUGUCCACACCAUAAUGGACUAAAUGUGACUCCAUAACUACAUUAAAUAUGUAACUUGUUUUUAAUAAAGUCAGUUUCAAAAUUA